AUGGCCCUUGCUGAUCUCCUCCUCCUCCUCCUCCUCCUCCUCCUGCUGGCCCCACAGGCCAUGGCUGCUCCAUGGCGAGUGUGGGGAGCAGGUGAGGCUGGUGGCAAUGGUCGGGAGGCUUCUUGGCAGGAUGUUGGUUUAGAGCCCUUGGAGACCUUGGAGCAGCCUGGAGAUCCUCUCCAGGUCAACAGCUUCCUAGCUCCUUAUGCUGAUCUUGUCCCCAAGCCUGAAAACAAUCCCACAGGUCCUCCAAGAGCAAAGCUCCAAGAUGAAGGCAGAAUAACGACCUCAGAGCCCUCUGAAGUUCUAAGGCAAAUAGUGGAGGAACUGAGGAGAGGACACGGGAUGGACCAAGAGGCUGUGCAGAGUGAGGCAGCUCCGGGAGGACUCAGCAUCUCAGGGCCUGUCUCUGCCCCAGACACGGCGGCGAUGCAGGACACCGACAUGCCCGCGCUGUCACAGCCUAGAGGGGAUCAGCAUGGCCACGUGUAUGCCUUCUAUCGAAUAGACUCAGGCACUGACAAGGAGAGAUCCUCAAGCGCUUCCAACCCCCAGGCAAGUUUCAUCUGUCCACAAGAUGUGAGAAGGAGCUGCAUGAUCGGCACAGCAGCCACUGUGAUUUCCGUGCCUCUUGCACUUGUGCUUUGUUACUGCAUCUACCGGCGACGGAAGUCAUAA